GCACUUGUUCCUUCUUUAGCGGAUGUAGCGUUAGCAUUAGCUUGAUAUAAAGUCACGUUGAGAUGUUUCCGUGCCUCAGAUUGAGGACCUGAAGAUGAAGGUGGUGGAUCUGGCCGGCGUGAAGAAACCCGCUCUGAAGAAAGUGCGUAUGUCUGCAGACGCCAUGCUUCAGGCUCUGCUGGGAGGAAAACACAAGGUGACCAUGGAUCUGAGGUCCAACCUGAAGCAGGUCAAGAAGGAGGUCAAAGAGGAGACGCCGGAAGCGCUGGAUUGGCGUAAGAACAUCGACGAUAAGGCCGACAGGAAGAAGAUGUUCGAGACUUCCUAAGAAGUUUUCCCGAAGGUUUCGAGGAGGAGACGUCUACAGAUCAGACUUUUUCUCUUUUUUUUUUGUGAUAGCUUCCUCCCCCCCCGACAGACGGAAUCAACACCAAGUAACGCCAACGUGUACGUAACUAAAAUGUCUGAAAGAAAAAACUGCAUUUUAAAAUGUACAGGUUUUCAUGAAGUCAUUAGAAAUAAAUGUUUUGAAAUAAGGAUUA